AUGCGAACAGUAGUGCCCCUUCCUCUAAAAUUAUGUUCUCAGACUUUACCAUCUUCUACGGUGCCAUCUCCUCCUAUGACGCCCGUACCGAGCGCAGAUGUUCCUCUUUCAACAACUGGAGUGAAUCCACACCCAAUAAGUAAUGCGCCAAAUUUUAAUGUACCGCCAAAGAAACCUACAUAUCAAUUACCAGAAAACAUACACCCUACUAAUACGAAUACAGACAUUCCCGUUACACACGUACCGUUAUCGGCCGCACCAGUUAAUCCGAAUAAUCCCGUAGCAUUGCCCAGAAAUAUCGCACCACUAGAUGAAAUGGCAGGUCCAUUUAGUAAUAAUCACCCUGGUCAUAACAUUGUACCAUUCAUGUAUAAACGCAUUCAUAACGCGUAUAGAGUUCCAUAUAACGCGUAUGGCGUUCCAUAUAACGUUCCACAUAAUAUUCAUAUUCCGAAUCUUGGAAUGGUAUAUCAUAAUCCACCUCUUUAUAGGCGUAAUAAUCCUUUCAUUCCUAUUCCUAUGAACGUCGCGGUAUUUGGCUUUAAAUCCGAGUUAUGA